AUGACCAAUCAAAAGUCAGACAGCCAAUGUGCCCAGUUUGAGUCACCCGGUCGCCAGCACCGGCACAAUCUCGUCGACAUUGACGGGAAUUUGAUGAGUUUCACCCCAGCCAGCGACAACCGUCGCCGUCUACAGACGAAGCAUCUGACAGGCCUACAUUUCGCUCAGUCCCACAGGCACAAGGCAACACAAAAGCAACAACAUGACAACCGCUAUUCCUUGGAUAACAACUAG